GAUUGUGGCGAGUCCAUAUUGCUCCAGCGUCACCAGCGUCCGCCUUUUUCGCGACAGGAUGGUCUUGGCUGGGUCGAGCUUCCACCCCGGAGGUGACCAGCUUUCGCCAGAGGAUGUUAAGAUUACUGCCGCGUGAAGCCACUGAAGACCAUGUAUUGCUUCACUUUUACCGUGCAGUGCGUGAUGCGCUUGAUGCCGGGCAAAUAGGCAGUCCUUGCAGCCAUGAACGUCUCCGAGUGACUCGGGCUUCUCUCCGGGGUGGUGUCGCCCUGCUCGAGAGGGUCGCCCUGAGGGAGGUGCGAGUAGCGUUCCGCCAGCUACAAAGGGCUAUGCGGAGACCCAGCCUGGUGCGUCGUGAUUCCGCUAUCGCACCACGGCCCAGCACACCUCGCUCCGAGGGAUGUGGAAUCAUGGCCGGUCUGGUCUGCAGCCAAGCCCUGGCAGCUCAGGUCUUGGACCGCCGUGCCAACCUGGCCCCCAGAGCUUUCUACAUGGCCUGGCUGCUGGAAAGAGCCCGACGUCGUUGCUUGGUCUCCGUCCUGAGCAUCCUCCGGCACGGCGCGCGGAAGAAGGUGUCCGAGUCCCCGACCCGCCGAUUGGUGAGGCCUCAGCCGGCUGUUCCUAAACAGGCAUCUUCUUCCCCCAGUCGACUUCCGGGCAGGUCCAAGACACCACCGACAAAGACUGCAAUCGUGUAAAAGCGCGAAUGCGGUGCUGAAAAUGACCGCUGCAAAUUGGUGACUUCAAGGCGUCCAAAGCCUCCCACUUUUUUUUUGCAUUUACAGACAAGUCUCUCAUGCUAUGCAG